AUGGGUCAAUUUGUUGAUAGCGAUGUUAUCGAGGAUUGCAUUGACGUUGUGCAGUACGCCAUUGGCCGAAGAGACAAGGCAAGUGGAUUCAUCAGCUUCGAGGAAAGGCGUGCUACUUUCAAAAAUCCUUGUCAGCUUCCUGAAAAUAUCCUGUUUCGUGUGCACAUCAUCUUUGCGACAAGCUACCUCAAGGAUUUAGUACCACUUAGCCUAGAUGAGGGUGACGCCAUGUCCACCUCACUUCUCAACACUUUACUGCUCCGUUUCAAGUAUACAUUGAUGGAGGAUGUCUGUCGUGGACAGGAUCUGCUUCCUCGAGCAUUCCGAGAGGCUGUUGCGGCUGGAACAAGUGAAUCCCUCUACUCAUUAGCAGACUUCGUAUUUGACACAUCGAAGACAAUCAAGAAUUCGAUGAUUACACUGGAUUCAAAGGAGGAGUUGUACGCUCUCUUUGUUCAGGGUGGCUUUUUCACUUUUGCCAAUGCGCUCCUAAAUCAUGCGAUAAAGUCCUACGAGGUCCGCGACCCAGGGACCGUCGCAGCGACGGUCUGUGUGCUGAAGGACGGUGACGAAGUUGUGGCAGCUGAGACGGCUAUUCAGGCAACAUGCGAAACCAUUAACCACUGUGUCCGUUUUUUAAGUGGCUCGCGUGAGAAUCUCCUUACGGAGUCCGCCAUGAAUCCACAGAGGAGCACGCUAAGCCUUUUAAUGAAGUUAAUCACAGUUGUGCGAAAGGUCGCCACGCUGCAGGCUGUUUACGACGCUAUUUUGGGAGCGGCGGUGGGGCUACGGAGUCUGCUAAUACCUGUUACUCCAGCAGAGAGGGCGCAGCGGUCUGAUGUCGUCCGCUUCUGGGUUGAGGGGAGCGGUGUGGAGAAGCCCCCUCUAUUCUUGGUCGCCUCAAGUCUAGCGCAGCUGUUAUCACUGUGGGCUACCACCACCACUAUUCCCUCCUUGCCGAAACAGGAGGAAACGCGUGCACUCUACCACCUGCGCGUGCUUCAAGUUGUGGCUGAGGAAAUGGAAGGGAGACAUGGUGGCAGUUUUACGGAGUUGCUAGUGCUGUCCCAGCUUAUUCCUGGGCUUGCGGCGCUGCUUGGGCGCUCCUCUCGAUGGUGUAUGAACCUGCAGUCAUCCGCUGUAUCUUUCUUAGCAGCCCUGCUUAACACAGGCUGUGUCCGCCUCCUCCACCUGCUUACCGGAAAGGAUGGCCUGAUUGAGGCGUGCAUGAGGCUCUUUCUCGAAUGUGCACAACGGAACAACGUACUUUCGGCUUCGCUGGGGCGUCUGUUCUUUGACUUGUGCACGCUUGUGCAUUUAGGAAAGCGGCAGAGUACUGAGUUAGUGACUCCAAAGACAUCCUUCGCAGUUGCGUUGUUGGAGGACGGCCUUGAUUCAAGAAUAGGUUCUUCUGCCACUGACGCUGAUCUCUCCAGACAACCCACUGAGCACGAAAACAUUCAUCUGUGCCAAGAAACAGCCCUCAUCUUGCUUAGAUCAUAUGGGGACCAGCUCGCAAUGAAGUCGCCUUACAUUGCCGAAAAUUUGAGGCAUGUGCUGGAGGAGACUCCAGAGGAGGCUCAACAAGCCGAUACCGAAGCUUCUACCAUCGCUAGUACGGUUGAGCGUAUGCCAGCGACUGCCCUUUCUGAGUACGAUGCCUUAGCAGUGGAUUUUGCUUUAGAGAUACCUUCCUCACGGUCUCGCUCGCAUUCCCCCCCAAACGGUAGCAGCGGCGACCCCCCUUACCAAUUACUGUUUGGCUUCCAUGGUGAGGACAGUCUGUCUGAGUUCAGCUUGGAUGACGACCGUGCAAGCAAUGAUUCUGGAAACAUCAGUAGCGACAAGUGUGAUCACUUGCAGGAAAAUGAAGAGGCUGGGGGGUACGCUGCUUUGAGAUUUUCAGAGGAAAACGGAAGAGCAGAGGGGGCUGGUGCGGGAACAGCCCAGAUUCUGAAUAAGCACUCCGAAAAAGAUGAAAGUAGUGAAGUAGAUGACGAAGAAUGGAUGGAAAACGAAGAGGAAAGCUUACACUCUAAGCGGCAUCGCAGUGAGGAGUCGAUUGGUUCGUCCAUCGCAUACUAG